AGUCUAAUUGCUUUAUCUGAGAGGUGAGGCAAAUUGAUUUGUUAAGGAGAUGAGGAACAGGGAUUCUAAUAAAGAAGAGCUCUCCUUCAAAGCACACCACAUUGCAAGCUUCAUUGAAGGGGAAGAAAAACUUACAGCUCCUAGUGUUGUUCACCAUAUAAGCUUAUUACACAGAGGAGGUCGUAUUGACGAGACACCAUGUAAAGUCAGACUAGAUAAGAAAGGAAUUUUAAUUGAAUUAAAUUCUUCGGAGGAGGUCGUGGAAUUUUUCGAAUGGUCUUCCAUAAGCGACCAAGCAGCAAUUUUCAAACGUUCGGAUGAAUUCCAGUAUGGAUAUCUUAUACUUUUUCGGUGCUCACAGUAUAAUGCAGAUCUCGAGCUUAAAGAUUCUGAAGUUCACGUCUUUAGUUGCGAAACGAAAGAUGAUGCUAAACUACUGGUUGACUCGAUAUAUAAUCAGAAGAACUCAGCCCUCGGACUCAACUCAAAUGGAGACGCUUCAAGAAGUCCUGAAGUAAAUUUGCGUCGCGGCAGGUCAGAAGAAAAAAUAGACUCUACAGGAUAUGAUGGUGGAAGAAACUUUUAUAUGCUUAACCAAUGUAUAGACGAUAUAGAAUGCUUCGAAAAUCGUCUAGAGAAAGCGAUCAAACGAAAGUCGUCUUACAACAGAAAUAGUUCAGCCGAAGGAGUUUCGAACAAUGUAAGUUUUCCAAGUAAACAAGACGCUCAAGAAAUAAUCAGAAAAGUAAAAUAUGCUUUUAAUUUGAAUGAACAAAUUCAACCACAUAUUCCAGAAGAAAUAUCAAAGAAAAUUUUCAUUCGACUAUUCAACACCGUUCAGUGGUUGGAUAAAGUUUGUCGACAUAAUAUUGUACCUGACUAUGACCAACAUAUGGUGCGUGAGAUUGUUGAACCUUUAUUGGAAGAGGCUACGCUUGCAACGAUUGCAAAAAGAUUACAAAAUAAAAUCGAGUUUUGGAAAGGACUUGGUCCUGCUUGGAAUACUCCACCUGAAAGAUGGAGCGAACAUCUCGCUCGAUAUUCCCCACAGUUUGCCUCUAAAUCUGUUAAUAAACGCCAAACAUGGCAUGCCGAAGCUAACAUAGUAACGCCAAGCGUGGGGGAUGUUGAAAUAAAAGUAACACAAACAAUCUCACCACGCCAUUCUCCUAUUCCUUCUGAACGAGCCAGAACUCCUUCACCCGUGCGUCAAAUUGGCACGGAAACCGUACCUAUGGACAAUGUGAAUACAGCAGUAUUAAAUCUUACUAAUGCUACAGUGGAAAAAUCUCCAGAACAAAGAGUGAAGUCAAUGGAUCAACGUAGUAGCCACCCUCAACGUCGUUGGGAUUCUGAAGAAAAAUGGUGUGUUGUAAAUGUACUACAUGUAGGUGCAAAACCUCAAGAGCUAACUGUACAGCCAGGCGAUGUUUUACAAAUUCUAAAUAGCAGUAAAGGUGAUUGGUGGUUAUUACAAAAUGAUGCAGGAGAAUCUGGUGAAGUACCUGCUUGGAAAUUAAAAGCUUAUAAUUAUCGACCGGAUCAUCCAACUACAGCUGGAUUAAAGAAAACUCCAUCGAUGAAUAAUUUAUUCAGUAGAAAAUCUACUGAAACAUUUGGAAAUGAUAAUGCUAGUUUGGAAAAUCAUUCCAAUUUCCAGUCACAAAGAAAUAAUUCACAUGCGCCCAAAAGUAUACUACGUGAUAAGUCUCCAACUAGGCAAACAGAUACUUCUGUUUUAAAUUUAAGUAUACCUAAUUCGCCUACAGGACAAAAUUCUAACAUUGAUAAUAGAAUUAUGAAUGAUAAUUUUAAUACCCACGCUAAUAAUAACGUUAUGUAUAUAACACCAUCACAACUUCAAGAAGCAAUCAAAAUUAAUAGUAAUUUGCCAAUGAUAUUAAUUCCAGUGCCUAGUUUAUAUAGUAAUAAUUCCGAUAUGUCAGCGAUUAAUUGGUCUAAUCUAAUUAACCCAAAUACAAAUGGUGCUGAGUUAGCGAGAACUCCCAAUCCUGGUGCAUUAGGACCAGGCUGGAAACCAGCUCCAAUAUUGAGCACUUCAGCAACUGAAGGUUAGUUAUUUGCUUAUAUUAUUCAUAAUUAACUAAUUAAAAGGAUAAAUCAUUAAAUGUUAAUAUUGACAGUUGAACCGUUUAACUAAUUUCUUUUGUGUGAAAAUCAGUUUUCCUGAAUAGUAGCAAUAAUGUUUUCCUACAGAUUGUAAUUUCUAUGCAAAUCAGUUUUAUGCAGCGUUAAACUAAUGUUGGAAUUUUAAAUUUUCUCUUAAAUAAAAAUGUAGUCAUAUUCUCAAUUUUCUACUCCACAAGUUCGUACAAAAAUCUCCGACUUUUCUGAGCUACUAAUCGAAGUCAUAUAGAAACGUAUAAGCCUUUUGAUAGACCUUAUUAAGUUAAUUGACCACAGACUUUAGGUUUCAUGGGUCAAAAUCGAUCGAUUUGGAUAAAAUGCUGGUAUAAUUUGGUGUUUUUCCUAUUAUGGUACAAACUCAAAAUGUUAAUCUAUCAUUUUAUAACCUGAAACUUUCGUGGAAACUGUAAAACAUCUGAUCAUUUACGAAGAAAAUGAGUAUAGUGUGUAGCAGCUAUCAUUGUUUGAUUCAUUAUCUGAAAUCCCUUCAUUGAGUCCACACAUGAUCCGAAAAAUGGAUUUCUGUUAAUUCUAAUUUUAUUUGUUAUAUUUCAAGAUAUUUAAUAAAAUCAUAUAGAACUAGCUCAUCAGAAACUGAAAAUAUUAUGAUCUCAAUCUUUUGAUAAUUUUGUUAAAGAUAGAAGGAGGAUUCAAAAUAAACUGAUAGGCUUUAUGAUACUUUGAACGAAUUAUUAUUUAGUAUAUAUCCUUUAUCAAUAGCUUUUUAGGAAAGAAACUACCAUAUAAAGCAAGAUUUAAAUUUACAUAGAUGAAAAUAAUUUUUUGGGCAAUAAGAAAUCGUUUUGUUUAGUUUGCAUACGUAUAUAUCUAUAUAAUAACGUUGUAUGAUGAAAUAGUUUAUGUAUCACACAACUGCACACUGUUAGGUGUCAUAAUAACACAAACAAUACAAAUUAUUACUACUUUAAAAAAGGCCAAUGUAAUCAUUGACUUUUGUGUACUGAACUUAUCAUACAAUUAUUCACUGACACGUUUUGCAGACCAAAGACUUAAUUCUUGUUAGCUGCAACUUUAAAAGAUUAAGCAAGUAUUCAUUGGUUCAUAAAUCUUAGAUCAUCAGUACCUGACGUAAAAUAUUUCGAAGUACUGUCUUCUAUCUCAUAUAUUUGAAAAAUAAUUUUAGCAUACAGGAAAAAAUAUUUUAUUCAUCUGAACAGAACAAACAACAUGAAAAGUCUUUAUUCGAUAUUUGGGGAUGCUCUGGCUCUGAAAAUAAGUUUCUUGCAGAGUAACUACUAUAUGCUAAAAAUUGAAGUUGAUCAAUGGUACACAUUACUUUUUGAUUACAAAUUUUAUAAAAGUUAUUUCUAGAGUUUGACAUCAAAACACCUCCUUAGCAAUUAAUUAUUAAUGUAGAAAGCAUUCUAAAAGUGAUAAUGUUAGUCAACAAAGUAUCGAGAAUUCUAAAGUAAUGGAAAUCACCCUAUCUAUACACACCUCAGGACUUAAUUUAGGACUUCAAACAUUUCUCAUUAGUCUCGCAUAUCUGCAGGUUCAAGAUUGGAAUAUCCAUGCAUCUCUGAUCUCUAUUACUUGUUGUCUUGUGCGAUACCAUACUCUUUAAUUUCAUACCAAUUAAUCAAGUAGAUUUUGCGUGAAGCUUUUUUCUUUUCUAGUUUUUUUGCUCUACUAUAUUGAAUAUCAUGCAUCACAUAUGCAGUUUGAGCACAAUAAUACUAGUGGACAUUUCACAUUCAUUCAAAAGAAAAAGGUUAUUUUUUAGAUAGAUUGAAAUGCGUAAUGUGUAUAUUUUUUGUUAUAAUAAUACAUCGAUCGUUUAAAACAUUUUAAUGGAUUAAUAAUACUUAAUACACUUCUUACUUUUGAUUCUCAGUUAGGAGUGUCGUACAAUUCUUGCAUAAUUUAAUGUAUAUCUAUAUGUAUAUCUGUGUGUAUGCAUUUGUUUGUGUUAGCUUUGGGCUACUCUCCAUAUCCUUUCAAUUAUCGUAAGUUCUAUUUUGUGAUAUUAAUUAACAGUAGAUUGUAACUUGUUUAUUAUUUCUUUUGGUUAUAUUGCCUAAUUAUCCUUUUGUUGUACUAAUUUUCAUCUAACAUGGUUUGUUAUAACUGCUAUAUCGUAUACUGAUUUUUCUAACACUAAAUCAUCAAAUCUUAAUUUCAGUUGUAGAAACAUUUCAUUUUCAGUUAUAUAUAUCACUCAUAAGAUGGAAUAAUUCUGAGAAUUUGAUUAAUUGGAAAGAUUAGUAUCAUGUGAGAAAUAGUUUCUUACCUAGAAGGUUAUGAAAUUAACCGAAAACGUUUUCAUUCUGUAAGAUGGCAAUGAUAUCUACUGUUAGAUAGUCUAAAACUAGAAAAAAAAGUAACUAUUGUUUAGUGCUGUUUGGAUUGUAACAGUUUAUCAACUGACAGUUUUUUUGAAUAAAUUUUUUUAAAGUUUUGUUCUAUUUCUUAUUAAUACACACAUUGUUUCUACACACUAUUCAAAUGUCAUCAAUAUAUAUUUCUAUUUCGUUGUCAAAACAAAAACAUUUUAUUACCUAACAUUAUUAAUGACUAAACGAUUUAAGUAAUACGGAUUAUUGCAAGUUAGUUGAUCGAAUUUAACAUGUUUAUUUUUAAGCAAAAAAAAAGCAAAAACAGAAUUGUACUUGAACAGUUAUGAAACCUUUAUUUCUGUUUAGAUUAACCCUCAUUUGAAUAUAUGGAUGAUAAUCGGCUCUAUAAUAAAAAUUUAGGUAUUUGUUGUGAAGCAUAAAUAUUCAUAUGGGAACUUUUUAGUUAUUAAGUUUAUUAAAAAUUUAAUAUCUCAGCCAUAAAAAUUUGAAUUUCAAUUCUUUUUUGCAUUGAUUGUUUGUAUGAAUUAAAACUUCACCUCACUGUACAAGCUAGUGGCUAUCUGCACUCACUAGCUAAGUGGAUAACCAGAUGACGUUAAUAGGUUCGAGUCCCGGAGUGAAUAUCAAGUACAUCCAGAUGACGAGUCCCGGAUAGGGCGAAAUGCGCGUCCUGGAUUCCACUGCUAGCAACCAUCCAUCUUUGCCUGUUUAAGUUUUAAUGUUUAUGUAAUGUUUGUUUAUCAUUUCCUGUUAGGUUUUCAAUAGGCUUAGUGACUAAUUAAAAAUCUCCCAUAUGAACAUUUGUGCCUUAAAUACCUAAAUUUUUAUUAUGGAGCUGAUUAGCAUCCAUAUACGCAAAUUUAUAGUUAGUUAUUCAUGACUGAUAGUCAGUCUUAUGAAGGCUCUUAUAGCUUUGUUAUCACUGUUACCAGAAUAACCAGAUCUUACUCAACUUGAUUACGCAUUAAGCAUUUAUCAUGGACCCAACUAUUAAUCUGCUUGUUGCUAAUGAUUGUGGAAUAUCAAAAUAUAUUAUUAUUAUCCACAAAAACUAUACAUGAAAAUUACCGUCAUUCUAUCGAUUAGAUGGGAUCAGACCAGCAGUGGAAUCCAGGAUGUGAUUUUUGUCCUAUUUGGUACUCAUCAACCGGAUGUACCAACACGAAACGUGCACCCUGAAUCCUACUGCUAGUUAAAUUCUCUCUAUCUUAUAAAAACUUGUUACUAAUCGAAACUAAUAAUACAAUAAAUAGUUAUUUUCAUGUUAAUAAAACAAAAAACUGAUUCUUUUAUAUAUCCAUAUAAAAGUCACUGAAUUCAAUUUAAAGUUAAUUUACAUCCACUAAACCACAAUGGACGUAUUUCAGAACUUUAAAUACGUAUUUUUAAAGCAUAUUAAUUAAAACGAAUAUUCAUUACAGCAUAGACUAAACGAAAUUUUCUUUAAACUUUCUAUGAAAUAAAAAAUCAUCCAUUAUAUAUAUAUAUACCAGUUUCGUGAAUUGGUUAAAGUUAGACAUUAACACUCGUUGUACGCUGGCUCUUUAGUCUGGAAAUUAAGCAUUUGUGCUCAAGACCGAAGGUCCUGGCUUCGAUUCCUGUACGAAGGAUCAUAGAUGUGCACUGCUGAGGAGUCCCAUACUAGGAUGGAACAGCCGGCCAGUGCCUCCAGGUUUUCAAUGGUGGUCUAACAUUAGUCGAUUCAUGAUCUCAAUAAUUGUAUAGUUUUCAAAUCAUGCACAACCGUAUUUGGCACAUAUUCAACUUCUUUCAAUUUUAUAAUAAACCAAGCUUAAUGAUUAACGUACUAAACAAAAGCCAGAUAACAGCAUUUCUGGUGAACGCUUUAAUUGGUCGUUUUUACUAAAAUGAUUAUUAUUAUAUCUCGUUAAAAUAUAUUUAUUACAUUUCAU